CAUAGACCUAUUAGAUUUUUACCUGGUAAAGGAACAAAGAAAAAGAAAAAACAUACAAAAAAAAAAAAUCAGAAAGAAAAUUCAAUGAAUUUUAUAAUGAAGCCUUCAGAUAUUCCAUAUGAAUUACUAGAAAAUAAUAUGCAACUCAAUAAUUUAUGUAAUAAAACAAAUAAUUCAUUAUGUAAAAUUGUAUUUGAAAAUGAAAUAGAUAAUACAUUUAAAGAAAAAUCAGCAGAAAACGAAAUUAAUAUAAAAACAAAAAAUGAUAUUGCGAUAAUAAGAGAAGAAUUAAAAUGGAAGAUUAUAAUAGAAACAUAUAUGAUAGUUAUAGACGAAUGUAAAAAGGAGGAAUGGAAAAAGAACAGGAAAGUAUUUUUUGAAAUUUGUUUGGAUGAAUUAAAAAAAGAAGGUAUAUAUUUAGAUAUAACAAUAGAAAAGGAGAAAAAGGAUAAUGUUACUAUUAUGCUAGAAAAUAAAAAACUUCUGUGGAAACAGUAUAAAAAAGGACAUAAAAAGAAAUUAGAAAAAUGGAAAAAUGAAAAAUGGUUUGAAAAUUUGAAGAGAGAAUGGAAAGAUGAGGAAGUUAACUAUUCAGAAAUAAUAAAAGAAAAAGGGAUAAUAAAAAGUACAGAAAAUGAUUUAAAUAAUCCUUCUAUGGAAAAACAAAAAAUAAUAUGGAGGAAUUGGGUAAAAAAGCAUAUAACGUGGUUGCACGAUUCUGAUGACCAAAAAUGGUUUAAUGAAUUAUUAGAAAAAUACAAAAUAGAAGAAGAAAUAAAAGAAAAUAUAGAAAGAGAAGGUAGUGAAGAAGGAAAUAUUAAAAUGGAAAGAGAAGAAAAAUCAGAUAAAGAUUCAAAGAAAAACAAUUUAAAAUUGAAAUUAUGGAUUGAUAUACAUAUGAUGGUAUUAAAGGAAUGUAAAAAAGAGGAGAGGAUGAUGAUAAAAAAUGAAUUUCUUAAUACAUGCAUAGAAGAAUUGAAAAGAACGAUAAAUCCAGAAGAAAUGUUGGAAAUAGAAAAAGAAAUAACAGGAAAUAUUACAUUAGAAAAUAAAAAAGAAUUAGAAAAAUUAAUAAGAGAAAAUUGGUUUAUUGAAUUGAAAAUAGAUUGGAAUAAGAAAGAAAAAAAAUAUAUGGAAGAGUUAAGUAAAAAAAACUUACCAGAAAAUAAUGAAGAAAUAAUUAAAAAUUUUAUGAUUUAUGAGAAAAAAAUUAUAUGGAAGGAAUAUUGGGAAGAAAUGAAUAAGAAAUGGAUAGAAAAUGAAAGCAUGGAAAAAUGGCUAAUAAAUUUGAUAGGAGAAAAUGAAAAUGAAGAUGAAAACAAAGUGAAAUUAAAAGAAAUAAAAGAUAAGCAUGAAGAAUGUAAAGAAAAAACAAAUACGAGUAAAAAAGGACGAAAAGUAGAAGAAAAAAAAAUGAAGGACGAAGAAGUACAAAUAAAAAAUAAGAAAAAUUCUAUUACAUUAAAAAGAAAGCCAAAAUGGAAAACUAUGAAAGAAAUACAAAUGAUUAUAAUGGAAGAUUAUAAACAAAAGGAGUGGGAAUUGAAUAGAGAAAAUUUUUUGAAAAUUUGUUUGGAUGAAUGGAAAAGUGACGAAAGAUUAUAUGGAAAUAUAAUGGAAAAAAAAAGUACAAUGUAUAUAGAAGAAAGUAGUAUUACUGUAUUAGAAAGACAAAAAAUGUUUUCUAGGAAAUUGAUAGAAAGGCAUAAAAAUAUGAUAGAAAAAUGGAGGACAGAAGAAUGGUUUAAUAGUUUAAUGGAGGAAUGGAAAAAAGAAGAAAAUAUACAUAUAGGAACAAUAGAUAAAAGAAAAUUCAUUGAAGGAACAUAUAAUAUAGAGAAAAAUAAUGAAUUAGAGAAGAAAAAUGAAAUAUGGAGUCAAUGGAUAAAGAAGCAAAGAAUAUUAUUUACACAAUAUGAGAAGGAAGCAUUGUUUAAUAAGCUAUUAGACGAUUAUAAUGAGGAAGAAGAUAAGCAUGAAAGAGAAGAUGAGCAAACAAAAGAAAAAAAAAAUAAUAUAGAUAACAUUGAAACGGAUCCAAAAACAGUUGAUAUAAAAGAUGAGGUUAGUGAAAAUAUAGAGAGGAUAAAUUUGAUAUCUAAUUUGUGGAUUGAAAUAUAUAUGAUGAUAUUGGAUCAGUGCAUGCAAGAAGAAAUAGAGUAUAUGAAAAAAGAAUUUCUGGAAACAUAUAUAGAAAGAAAAAAUGGACAUAAAGGGUUAGAUGAACAUGGAAUUACACAAAAAGAAAUUAAUGAUGAAGAAAAAGAAGAAAUUAUAAAUGAUAUAAUAAGGAAAAAGAAAGAACAAUGGGAAUCCUGGAAACGAGAAGAAUGGUUUCAUGAAAUGAAAUUAAAUUGGCAUAAAACAGGACAUAUAAAUUAUAUGGAAGAAUCAAAAAUAUUAGGUAAUACAAAAGUAGAAAUUAAAGACUUUAUAUUUGAAAGACAAGUAUCUGAGAGACAAUGGCUAGAAAAACAGAGAAAUUUUUUAAAAAAAUGGAAUAAACAAAAACUAAAAAAAUCCAUGAAAAAUAAAUAUAAAGAUGAACAAAUAGAGGAAGAAAAUAAAGAAAAUGAAGAAAACGAAGAAAACGAAGAAAAUGAAGAAAAUGAAGAAAAUGAAGAANUAAUACUCUAUAAUUUAAUAUCUUGUGUUAUACAAGCAAAGAUAGAAAUCUAA